ACGUCAAUUCAUUACGAUCUAUCGGUUGUAAAGGCGGUGAAAAUGGCUGAGGAUUAUAUCUACGAAGUGGAGCGAAUCCUGGCACGACGUCGGACUCGCAAGGGUAAGCUGGAAUACAUGGUGCGAUGGAAGACUUUUGGCAGCGAAGAGGACACGUGGGAGCCUCUGGAAAACCUUGGUGACUGUAUGGAACUGGUGGAGGAUUUCAACCAAAAGACUAUGAAAGAUGGAAAGUUUGAAAGGCUUGCCUCCCUCGAUUCCAUUCACAAGAAGCAGUCCCAAGGGGGCAAGAGGAAACCUAAUGACAAUGGAGGCAAAGAGAAGGGAGGACCAGCGAAGGGAGGACAGGAGAAGGGAGGACCAGAGAAGGGAGGACCAGGGAAGGGAGGACCAGGGAAGGGAGGACAAGGGAAGGAAGGACAAGGGAAGGAAAAGGCAAUCAAUGGAAGUGAGAAGAACAAAGAGCAUGUGAAGUCUAAUUCAGAUCACAAGACUGUGAGUAGCAAUCAUAGGACUAACAGCAGUAUCACUGUCAUAAAUACAGCUGAUUUGUUAGCUAAAGCUCAGAAAAGGAAACGAGAGUCGGACCUUGGUGGUAAGCAAACUAAUGGACCUGUAGCGCUAUCAUCCACUCACAUUGUAAAGUCUGAAGGACAGUCUCCAGAGAAACGUGUGAAGCGGGCGCAUUCCAUCACGGGUGUCGGACCUCAGGGUACCUAUUCGUCCGGUGCUAGCAAUGGACUUGGUUCGCCACUCCAACGAAGAAGAAUAAAUAGCUCCAUCUCCACUGAGGGUUUCCAUCACAGCACAAGAGGUUCCCCGAACCUGCAUCGCACAAUGUCUGUUAGUGCCUACCCCAAGCUGAUACUCUCCCCAACUAAGAUAACAAUGGCAACGCGGAGAGGUGGUGUCUCUGCUAAUCUCCCCGGUAAUCUGACCAGCUCCUUCACAGCACCCAGUGGGAGCACCGAAGAGGAUAGGGAAGUGCAGGGGAGACGGACGGCCAGCAUAGUGGCCAGGCGGAGACUGUCACAGUCUAGCUCAACCACUGACGAUACCAUGGAUAGUCGAAGAAGCAGUGCCAGGCAAAGUGAGAGCCUCUACAGGUACAAGGAAAUAGUUGUUAAGAAGUGCCAAGGGUAUACACAAGUCAGGCUCUUCACCACGACACCUACAAGAAAUGCCCUAAAUUUGAAGGCCUUACAGGAAUUAACCAAUGUGUUUGAAUCAAGCAAGAAAGACGAUUCUAAGGUGAUCUUCUUGAGUGGUUCUGGUAGUGUGUUCUGCAGUGGGUUAGAUCUCAGGUGUAUUCAGACGUCCUCUGUGGAGGAGAGGAAAAGAGCAUCCAAAAAUCUUGCAGAUGCAGUCAGGGCAUUUGUAGAUAGCCUUAUCAACUGUCCCAAGCUAGUAGUAGUAGCCAUCAACGGUCCUGCCAUAGGCCUUGGAGCAGCCAUUCUACCUCUUUGUGACAUCGCAUAUGCCAGCGACAAAGCCUACUUCCACUUGCCAUACAGUAUUCUUAGUCAGACUCCAGAGGGAUGCGCCUCACACACCUAUCCCCAGGUCUUGGGGUUGGCAGUGGCUGGUGAGAUGCUGUAUGCUGGGCGCAAGCUGACAGCACUUGAAGCGUGUGCAUGUGGUCUAGUUUCCCAUACAUUCUGGCCUACUAGCUUCAUGCAGGAGGUAGUACCUAGAGUACAGAGAAUAGCAGCACAGUCUGGCAAGGCAUUACUUCAAUCCAAACUGCUGGUUCGGGGCCAAAUGCGGGCGAAGCUGGAGUACGUAAAUGAGAGCGAGUGUGUGGCUCUGGAAGAGAGGUGGCGCUCUCCUGAAUGCCACAGACAAAUCAAACUCUUCGCUGAGAAUUACUCAGACAUGUGACCUUGAGAAAAUACAUGCCAUCUCUCAUGGGAGGAAUGAACAAUGGGCUGUUCUUGAGAGUUGAAGAUCAUCCUGGCCAAUGUGUGGUCUUUGGGAUGGCUUUGACGGAGGCAGUUCUGCUUGCUGUUUGAUCUGGUGGCAGGAGUAACUGGUCCACUAAAGAUAGCUAGAGGAACUCGGUAGCAGUGAUUGGUUCAUGGAUACAGAACCGUCAUGUGGAUACAGGUUUCAGUUGUAAUUUUGUAUCGCAAGAGAACCUCAGACUUGGAUAGUGGAUACACAUUCCUACAUGUUGUAUACGGCAGCCUAUGACUUGUCUGUGCUAUUCCUAACCUGCCUCACCUAGCCUUGUGCACUGAGUUAAAAGCCCAGAUUCAUAGAGACGUGUGUAGAUAGAAUGUCUAUAUGUGCUAGCUCCAAUCAAUGGACGUGUCAUGAAAAGGUGGUAUUUAAUGAACUGGUCUUGUUGAAUUGAUGCUACUAUUCACAUGCCAAAUAAACAAAGAACAUAUUGCACCAGAUAGGUAGAUAAAUUAAAUGAUUGGAAGUAGAAAGACUCUAAUGUAAAUGAAAAGAUGAAUUGCCAUUUGGGGAUUUUGUUUUAUUGCAGUGAAAAUAUAUAGAUGAAGUAAUGCUAUGAAAGAGAGUGGUAAACUAUUUAACAUAUCUGGAUGGUAUCAGUUGAACAAUGGGCAUUACACACAAACCCACCGAUGAAAGUGAAGGAAGGUAAAACAUGGUUUGCCUCUGUCUUGGGAGAGAAAUGGAAAAGAUCCACAUUUAAUAGGUUUUAAUCCUCAAGCGUAGCAACGCCUGAACGUAGUUACCCAGCCGAUAUACUUCCUGUUAUAGCAUCUACUUAAUCCAGAUUGCAUAAUGCCUUCACAGUACAUAUAAUAUAUCAUUUAAGCACUUUAUCACAGGACGCACACUCACAAGACAAAGGCUGUUUUAAUGAAAACGGUUGUGGUGAAAUAUCUGUCGAUUUUGAAAUUGUAAUUUUUUUCCUUUCCAUUUUUACUGACUGAAAAUAAAGUGCUGCAAAAUGGUGUUAUUGUAGGCCUCCCUUAAAAACCAAUUGUCCUAUGAAUAGCUCUUAUAAUUGUUUCUGUGGGGCCUUCAUGUCAAAAAGGGUUUUGCUAUAUAGCAUUUUAUUUUAGCAGUAGUCCUUUACAUACAUUUUUAUGAUGGCUGAUUUGCAUCUAGAUAUUUCUUUGUUAUGAAUAGGACUAUGAAAGUAUGUCCUGGAUUGACUUGUUCUUUACUUCAAACAUUGAAAGCAAUUUAUGACUCAAGAGAAAUGUAUCUAGUCUUUGAAAUUU